AAACAUAACAAAACUUUCAUCGUAAUCACUCGAAUAAUUCACCGUUGCUGAAAAAAUGUUUAAAAUUUCCCUCCUUUGUUUGACUCUUCUCGUUUGUUAUUCAGACGCAGUAUGUGUUUGGGGACAAUGGAAAUGCCACUCACCAGAGAAAUGCGACGGAAAGUAUGAUAAAGGACUCUUUGCAUGCUCCUAUGGAUGUCAUAAAGGAUAUUGCGCUUCCCAAUGCAUGGGCUGGUGCGCAUCAACUGAUAUCCACCCCCGAGGUUGCUGUACUACUUGCAAGGAAUGGUGCUAUUUAGCGGCUGAUUCUGACAGUGGAAUUGGAGCUGACUACAAGACUUGCACUGAGAACAGUGACUGUGACGAUAUUGCCGGCAACUCCUGCUCCAGUGCUUGUACGCUCUAAAGUUUAGACGUAAUCAGAUGUCAAUAGCUCUGUAUUUUAUACUUUAUAGUGUAUACUUGAAGCGCUCUGGAAUUUUACUGAUUUGAAUUCGAAACUGUUUAACUUUAAAACUGGAUACGCUGAACGUUAAUUUUUCUAUUUCAAAAUAACACGAGUCUUGAUCCUGUUGUGAUGUAAAUGAACAAAUGCAGGCCGUCCCAAAAUUAUGAAGAUUAAAACUGUUGGGUCUGCCACUGGACUGAGUGUUCUUGUUACUUUUACAGUUUACAGUUGUCAACUAAGCGGUGAAAAAAAAUGUCAGCAAGACUCCUAGCUGAUUCCG